GCGCCCCUUUUCUCCCUUACCCAAGAUGGCCGACGAGGCAACUCGCCGGCUGGUGGCGGAGCUGCCGCUUCUGAAAACGAACGCGGGUCCGCGGGACCAAGAGCUGUGGGUGAAGCGGCUCAAGGAGGAAUACCAGGCGCUCAUUAAGUACGUUGAGAACAACAAGAACGCUGAUAAUGAUUGGUUCAGACUAGAAUCCAACAAAGAAGGCACCAGGUGGUUUGGGAAGUGCUGGUACAUCCACAAUCUCUUGAAGUAUGAGUUUGCGGUUGAGUUUGAUAUUCCGGUCACUUAUCCUGCCACUGCUCCAGAAAUAGCCAUUCCAGAACUGGAUGGGAAAACAGCCAAAAUGUACAGGGGUGGGAAAAUAUGCCUGACAGACCAUUUCAAGCCCUUGUGGGCCAGGAACGUCCCCAAAUUUGGACUUGCGCACCUCAUGGCUCUGGGGCUGGGACCUUGGCUGGCGGUGGAAAUCCCGGAUCUGAUCUCGAAGGGUCAGAUUGAGCACAAGGAAAAAGGAGGAGCGUGAGGUUUAUUCUAGCUGGACACUAGGCUUGGGUUUCCUUCUUAGGCCUGGACUGUUGGUGGCUGUUGGGGUCAGAUUUGUGCCAAUUGCUUGCCUUUAUGAGUAUCUGAUUGUCCAACCUGACUGGGAAGCAUAUCUCAAUGAAUAUAAUAAAAUAUAUAUAACUA